GUCAGGUAAUUAGCUGUCAGUGUCAACUGUCAAACCUAAUCUUCGAUUCAAUUGUUUUUAUUACGAUAUUUUCUUCCUUUUACGAAAUUAAUAAAGGGUGACCAUGUCUAUCUCCCCUUUCAUUCGUACUCCCUUCACGGACCUCACUGGUGGGAUGGUGUCCCAUCAGCUGCUUGGUAGAUGCCAGACGCAGGAGGCUCGCUACAUGGACUGUCUGGAGGCCUACGGGCUGGAAAGAGGCAAAGUGAAAUGCCGCAACCUCUUCGAAGACUACCAGGAAUGCCACACUCUCACUAAGCAGUUCAAGAGAUUUAUGGCUAUUCGCGCUGAGAGGGAAAGACAGAUUGCAGAUGGAAAACUGAAGGGGGACGCAAAAUAUGUAUCACCUAGAAUUGACAGUUACUGAAUUAAAUGUUGUUAAUAACCUGUGUAUAGAAUCAGAUUUAAGGCUAAUAAAUUUAUUGAAAGGCUACUUUAGCUUAA